AUGUCAGUUAGUCUUGCAGAUAGUAUUGCUACUCAGAUAGAAGCUUUGUUUAAUACAGAAGUUAAAGAUACAUAUUUCAUGAAAGGAGGUAUUCAUAAAAAUCCUAAAGGAAAGUUAUAUGCAAAAUUGUAUAACUCGAUGAGGCUCCUUAAAUCUAGUGGUUUAGUUGAUAAUAAUAAAAGAGGUACAACUGAAAAACAAACAAAAACUUUAAGACAAUUUGACUGCGAGUCAGAUAUUCAACAUAUUUUGGAUCAAAUAUUCUAUGAUACCGACAUCACAUUUCCUGAUUUACAAAAUUUAUGGAAAAGAACGACUAAAUUCAGACUGAAUGACAUACAGAAAUCAUCUUCCACUGAUGCAAUCAUAAAAAAAUGGACAAACUAUAAGGCACCAUUAGGAUUUAAAUUAAUUGAUAUUGAUUUCAAUACAUUAUACCCGGACUGCAGCAGUGACUUCAUUUCCUCAUUUGGUGAAAAAUCUGAAAAAUGUCUCAAAAUAUUUGAAGAUAAAAUUAAGGAUCCUUCAAGCCGGACAUUGUUUGAGCAGUUAAAGAAUACACCUAAUAUUAGUGAAAAUGGAAAAAAUAGCAUCAUAUUUUGCUUAUUCCACGCUGUAUUUGUGCCAACAAGUAGAAAAGUUACUCGAGAUGAAAAUGGUACAAAGAGUCAAAUCAAAUACUCAAUCAGGGAUUCAAUGAAUAGUUUUAUAGUUUUUAAAAACUCUAUUACCGAAGUUGAAGAUUAUAUAUUAUGUCGUAAAAAUGAAAAACAGCCUAUUCAACCUUUUAUUAUUAUUAUAGGUACUUCAGUUAACCCCAAAGAAAUUUUUAUAUUUUUCGACUGUAUUAAAUACAAAUUAUUUUCUAUAACAUCUGCUGUUGAUAUAUGUUUUAAAAUUUUUCAUUUGUUUAACUUAGAAUAUCCAGUGCAAUCUUCAAUUGUCUGGCUGUUUAUUCAAAAAUAUUUUUAUGCUAUAACUACUGUAUAUGAUAAACCAUUCCAUGGCUUAGGACAAAUUUUAAGUGAUUUGCAUAAUAUUUAG